AUGGAAGAUGAACCCAUCGAAUUGCAUUCUCCCACAAGCAAUACCUGCAAAGAUGCUGCCUUGCCAUCGCGUUAUGGACAGCAUACUGAUAUUUAUUUCAAAAAUCGCCAGUUCAGGUCUCAAGUACCAGGAUCAGACCAAUUAUCCGUAGCAAAGAAAAAUUAUGAUGUUGAUAUUAAAUAUUCGAAACAGUUUCACUCAGACGAUCUGCGUUUUGUUUCUAAAGGAAACAAAACAAUUUGCAAACAACGCAGUAGAACCAAGUCUAGCGUAACUUCAUUGAAAAAGAAAUUAUCGAUGGAUAAGAAGUUGCCAUUAGAAAAUAUAGUAAGAACAAUGUGCCAUUAUUCUACGUGCCAAAAUGUCAAAUUUAAUAGCAGCGGAUUUAACAAACGACAUAAGUCUCAAAUCGUUACGAUAAUAAACGGCGCGAAGAACGUUAAUCAUCAUAGCAGUUUUGUCGCAUCCGUUGAAAAAUAUCCUCGAUCGUAUGCAGAGAUGAUAGCCAAUUACAGCGAAGCCCUAUAUAAAGUAUCCACCGUAGGUGUACGAAAUGAUAGUCUUUAUUUCGACAAUACAAUACGUAAGAGUCCAUUCAGUACUUUCUCGACACCAUCUCCGAUUAAGAAAAUUGUAAACGUUACUGAAUAUAAUGGAGUUCCAAUUGAAGGGCAAAAAAAUUAUUCAUCCCUUCCCGCUGAAGCUAUUAAGUCGUUCGAUCGAUGCAUUCAGCACGAUAACAAAAAUACUGUUAAAUGUCAUAAUUUUGAACAUGACACGCAUAUUGCCAAAACGAUAAAUAAAGUCACCAAUCAAGACUGCAUUAUUGCUAACGAUUUGAAGAACGACGAUCAUUCUUACGCGAAAUUAGUCGCCGAUUGCAGUAAGUCUAUGCAUAACAUUUCUAUUGCAAAUAUUUCAAACGGUGGUUUAGUGCUAAGUAGAAAUGUAUUGGCAAGAAAAUCUCUUCAAUCUUUUGUCACUCCGAGGAAAGCUAACAGCACGAAUACGCAAGAGACACUACGAAAAACAUCGCUUACUGUUGCUACGAUACCGCUCGAGAAGAAUGUCAAAGAACAGCUGAUUGUUCCAAAGAAACAUAAUUGGUUAAACGAAACAGAAAGCGUGACGAGCGACUUAAGAAGUGUCAUCGAGAGAAGAACCGCAAGGGCCGUUAACAUCUCUAAGUUGAAGGAAAGUGACAUACCGCAAUUCGAUACAUCUGAUAAUUCGCUGCACAAGGUUCACAAACUGACGAAGCUUAUCAAAGCUCACAAACAAAAGGAGAAAGAUACAGCGAUUAAAAAACUGGACUAUCAAUCUGACAAGAUUGACAAAAUGAAAAAACAUAAUAAUGAUUUCGCGCUGCAGAAGCAUAAUUAUUCGCAAUUGAGUGAUAAGACCUCAGAUCUGCCGCAACAUUUCAGCAACGUAACGAGUUCAUCUGCGAGGAAGAAUUCAACGCACGUACAAACUAGCGGUACUACCAGUGUAUUAAAGCAACCGCAGGUCAAAUUACGCAUGGUGCCUUCUGAAAAAGAAUCCGUUGUGUCCAUUAACGUGGAUUCAGUCUCGACUGGAUUAUUAGAUUCUCUGAAUCCUGUUUCCAAGCAACUCUCUGUCGUUGUGCAAACUGAUCGAAAGGAAGAUCCACAGUUGACGGAAAAUCAAUGGAACGUUUCAACGAGGCGAGGUGCGAAAAGUGCGCCGCAGCGCAACGACUUUGGUCCGAUGCGUAUUUCGAUUAGCGAGGAUUCCGCCCCGGUCAAACAGAUUGAGUUUUCAAUCAACGGCAAACCGGUUUCGGAACUGAAGAGUAUCACUGCGAGAACGGAGAGGCUAGAUGUAGUGAGCUCGAUGGACAAAAUCGAGAUCAGGAUACCGUUCGCCAAGGACGAAGCGAAUGCGCCGAGCAAAAUCGGAGAGACUGAUCUAUCGAAGGAAACUGAUUCGAGCACGGGUCAGAUAUUGAACGUGCAGAUAUCCGCCAAUUUUCAGAACGAAUCUACGAAGGGUAGUGCUGAGAAGCCGCGAGAAACAAAGCGAUAUCAAUACGAUAAAAACACGGCACCAGAAUCAUCGUCGCCGAUUUCUAAGAAUUACUAUUCGUUUAACGAAUCCGUGAGAGCUCGCGAGGAUACUUUUAGCAGCGAUAACAUGCAACAGUAUGGAUUCUCUGAUCGAAUAGAUAUCAAAUCUGACAAUACGGUCGAGAAAAAUAUGAACGAGCAUAAAGCUUCAGGCGAUGUUGAGCUCAAUAUCCAACGCAAAACAGCGAAAAAUCUUUCAACUGAUAAAACGAUGACAGAUGUCUCAUUAAUCGAAGAAAGAAAUAAGCCUGAAAUUAAAAAUUUGAAUGCCAAGAAAGUAACGAAUACUAUACAAUCUCUGACGAAUAAGUAUGAUAAAAAUGAAUCUUCUGGCCAUCGCGUUCCUUCAAAAACGAUCCCUUGGUGGUCCUCUUCAGAUUCUUUUAACAAGAUAAAAAAGAAGGAAGAGGAUCCCAAACCGCUUGUGCCACCAUCGAAUCGAAAUGAAAAGAAAGCAAUCUCAAAUUUGAAUCACAAUCCUGUCACUGAAUCUUCACCAUCGAAAUGGAAAGAUACGUCAAAUUCAACGGUUCUAACGAAGAAAAUGCAAUCGAUAAAUGACGCAACUAUUACUAUAAAUAAGUCAAGCAAUUUGACUUCGUAUUCAAAACCUGUAGAGCAAUAUGUAGAAUCUAAGCCAACUCCGCACUAUUCCUUUAAAUUAAAACCGAAUAAGGAAAAUCCUGGUACUACUUCUGAUAUGAAAAAAGACUUAAAAACUAAAGAUAAUCAAAUGUCAGCUAUACAAGAAGAUAAAAAAAUUUUUGGGAUUAUACGAACAAAACCAAUUGCAUUAUCUACAUCUGGUGCAACGAAUAUAAGCAAGCAUGAUGUAAGAGAGAAAGCAUCUAUGUUGCAGAAAAAGACAUUAAACAGUGCACAGGAUUUACCACCAAAAAGAAAUCGAGAGAAGAAAGAUAAUUAUUCUUUAAAGCAGACAAAGUCAAUCGACGACGUAGUCGGUACAAAACCGAAAAUAGAAAAUAUUUCGGAUGCCCUAAAACUGAUUGAAAAAAGUAAAGGCACAUCGCGAGAACCAACAGUGAAAUUAAAUAGCCGAGUGAGAGAAAUUCAAAGUCCACCAGCGGGCACAAUAACGACAAAAGACUUGGUACCGAAUACAUCCGUGACAGAAAUAAGAGAGCAGGUUACUAAGACAAUACCAGUAAAGCAAACGAAAUUGGAUGAGACAAAGAAAUUAGAAAUAAAGAUGAAUAGUUUGAAACAAAAGGAAAACCUAAUAGUAAAAAACGUUGCUACAUCAGAUGUGAAACUAGAAAAUAAGAAUAACGUUAAGAAUAUACAGCAGGUGUACCAAAAUGAUGUUAUAACUACAAGUUCUUCGAAUUCAAAAGAUCCGUUGAAAUCAAUGCAAACAUUAAGAAAACAGAAAAAACUGACAGAAGAUACUAUCGUUUUUCAAGAUAAUCUUAAUCAGAAGAAAAAGUCAUUAUUGGAAUAUAGCAAAGACAAACCCAACUCUUCGUCAAGUAUAAAAAUUUCUUCAGGAACGAUUAAAUCAGAAAAAUUAGGGAUGUCAGUAAAAAUGCCAUCAGAAGAAUCAAAGCAAAAUAGACCGAAGAGUUUAUCAAAUAUAAAAAAUACUUCAAAGACUAUUCAAGAAAUUGAAACAUCAAAAAGCCUGACAAUGCCAAAGUUGGAGAAUAAACCAUCUCAAGAAUCUUCGGACAAAAAAAUGAUAAAUCAAAAGAAAUCGCCUUUGGAAAUCAUAAAUGAAAUACAAACGAAAUACAACACAAAUACAAAUAAAAUCGCUAAUAUAGAUAACCAAUCACAAACAAAUUCAAAUUCAAAAUUAACAAUUUCUAAACUAGAAGAUCGUGCAGCAAAUAAAAAUUUGAUGGAGAAAAAUGCGAGAGAGAUGCCGGAUAAAUUUGUAAAAAAGAUGGAUAAAAAGGAUGAUGCAGGAAAUAAAAUAGCCAGGAUCGUAACACAAAAUCCCAAGAGCAAGGAUUUAUUAUCGAAGAAUUGCGAAAAAAAUCAUCUGGAUAAAUCAAAAUCGGGCAAGGAUAAAAAAAAUCUUUCAGAAGCAACUGGUUCUCUUUUGAGAAAGCCAAAUGGUUCGAUCGGUUUUAAAUCAGCUGAUUCAAAGACAAAAUCCAUAAUAAUGUCAAACGAUAAUUGCACAUAUGAGAGAAAAUCGAUCUUAAUGGAAUCAUUGUACCCGAACUUCAAUAGGAGGGACGAUACUAUAUCGAAUUCGCAAUCAACCAUGUUUAAGGUUCCGCGAAAUCUGCACAACAAUAUGUUAGAACAUCGUGCGCCAAGGAUAAUCGGAAGUGCUGGACCGUGGAUUAAUAUAGACAGACCAGAGAAAAGCAUGCUAUAUUCCGCUUGGUUGCAACGAUCUAGAACCGAUAUUAACAAGAAUGAGAAAUUAUUUUAA